CGCAGCUGGCUCAAUCAUCAACGUCUCUUAGGAACCAAAUAGUUUGCGUCUGUUUUCUCCACUGCGGGAAGAAAGCGCAAGUCUUGCAAAUCUCAGCGUGCCGGGCACCAGGGGUGUUCAACCCGUCCGGGUAUUACCUCGUCGCGUUGCCUUAUUGUGCUUCUGGCGAUGGAUCAGACAUCCAAUUCGUUCGAAUACAAACCGUUGGACGAGGUUGCGCAGGAAAUAAGGUUGGUUCGUCUCCUCCCCGGCUCCGGCCAAGAACGUAUCUGCUGCAGCCUUGACCACGCGUUUCUGGCACACGCCGCCUCCUCGUAUGAAGCGCUGUCGUACUUCUGGGGAGACCCAAAAGCAACCUUACCAAUAUCGCUGGAUGUUACAACCUUCCAAGUUACGGAGAACCUUGAGUCGGCCCUUCGGCACCUUCGCCUCGAGGACCGGGACCGAACGCUGUGGAUCGAUGCAAUAUGUAUCGACCAAGCCAACCCAAAAGAACGCGCCCGUCAAGUCCAAGUCAUGGGGAAGAUAUAUCAAAGAGCAAGACGUGUUCUGGUCUGGCUUGGUGACGAGAUUCAGGACACUGGUUUGGCUUUUGAACUCAUGAUUAAGAGAGCCGAUGGGGAAAGUCUUGCGGAAGCACUGGUGCCGAGUGUGCAGAAAAGGGGCGAGGCCAUGCUGCAACACUGGCUAUUAUUAGAUCGCAAAGGCUCAAUAUCGAGACGGACGAGAUCUGCCAGUGUGAAGUCCAGGGUUCUAGGAGGUAGGAUUACAAAGCUAAACCGCAUCUUACGAGACCCAAGGCCAAACAUCGCUUUGGAACCCCGGGUGGUGCACGUCUUGGAACAACAAGCCCAACUCAUGCAAGCGUUUGAUCCGCCCACUCGGAAAGUAAUCGAGGCACUGCCGUUGAUGGGCGAGGAUGAGGAGGAGUGCGGAUUUAGGGGAGAAGAUGAGGUGGAUGCGGAAAGAGCAAUAGAACGGGAAACAUCUCAGGGGCCAGAGGAGGAGGAUUGGACCGAGGAAAUUGAACCCGAAUCUCUCGAAGAAAGUCGGAAUGAUCGAGCCAUCGAGGCCUUCGGUGAUCUCUUCAAUCGUCCUUGGUGGAAAAGAAUCUGGGUUGUUCAAGAGCUCGCCCGCUCGCGGCAAGCCACCUUUAUUUGCGGAAGUCACUCGGCGUCAUGGGAGACAAUGCGGGCCAACGUCGUCCCCCAAGAAGACGACUUGACCUGGGGAUACCACCCGUGUGUUGCUGAUAUGCUAAGUGUCUGGGGGCCGUACUCAACUCAAGAACGGCGGUGUGUAGGUCUUCUGGACUACUUAUCCACGUUUCGGUACUGCGGAGCUACUGACCCUCGGGAUAAAGUCUUCGCCCUUCUUGGGCUUGCCAUAGACAUUGAUGGCAGUGAUUUAGACGCCAAUUACAGCUUGGAACUCGAAGAUCUCUAUAAGAGAGUAGUCCGUGUCAUGAUAAGUCAACAUCGGAAUUUGGAUGUUCUCGGACACGUUUUGGGCAUGGGACUACUCGAUGGAUCGGAUCGCAAGGUGACAUUUCCUUCUUGGACUCCAGAUUGGAGGAUGAAAGUGACUGCUACUCCGUUCCAGGAGAUAUUGACCAUGAAUGGAGAAGCCAACUUCUACUCCGCUAGUGGAACUUCGACGCCUAACUUCUCGUUCUCGCCGGACUUUCAGAUCUUGACACUGGAAGGAUUCGUGUUUGGAACUCUGCAGCACUUGGAAGAAGUUCUCGAAGAUCUGGGCAGUCUCUUCGGCAACGAUUUCAAUGAAGCAAACCAGCAUUUGACCGUGAUACAGCGAUGGGAAGAGCGAGCUUUGGAGGAGCCUGUAACGCUAUGCCCCUACCUGGGCAAAACGGGACGACUGGACGCAUUCUGGCGCACUCUGACCGCGGAUGCUUUCUUGGGACAGCGAAAAGCACCCGAUGAAAUUUUCAAGCAAUUCGAAGUUUGGUCUGGACGUACGGAUCUCGCAUCUGUCAUCGAUCCGGAAGACUUGCCAACACAGUACAUUAACUAUGCCACUCCAUUUGUGCGUUCUCUUGACGAGGCUUCGAGCGGCCGCAGAUUCCUGGUGUCGGACGGGGGGUACAUGGGACUCGCCCCGCAAAGUGCAGAGGAGGCGGACUUGAUCUGUGUCCUCUUAGGCGGACAGACUCCGUUUGUCUUACGACCACGCGAGGAUCUAUAUGAGCUUAUCGGACCGUGCUACGUUCACGGAAUAAUGGAUGGGGAGGCAAUGGAGCAAUCGAGGCUGCGAAACUUCGAGCUUGAGGACUUCCGUCUACAGUAAAUAAUUGAGGAAAUCCAACAAACACUUGCAAGCUUCCCCAAGCCGGAACAGAUAAUAGUCGGACUUAACGUCGCGACUAAAGGGACUCUACCCUUUAGUCGGGGAAAGCGAGUUGUCCCGCACCACACCAAAAUUACUAUGCAAUCGCGGAUACCUGUAUUAUACCAUACAACCAAAUAACCCUUAAUUUAAU